CAUGGCUUUACUGGACGUGUGCGGAGCCUCCCCAGCGCAGCGGCCGGACUGGGCUUUGCCGGUGACGGGAGGAAGGCAUCGCUCGGACCCGGGCCACUACAGUUUCUCUAUGCGAUCUCCGGAGCUCGCCCUCCCCCGGGGAAUGCAGCCCACUGACUUCUUCCAGUCCCUGGGUGCAGACAGAGAAAGAAACAUUCAGAUUGAGAUGGCCCAUGGCACCACCACGCUUGCCUUCAAGUUCCAACAUGGAGUGAUUGUAGCAGUGGAUUCUCGGGCCUCGGCUGGAAGUUACAUUGCCACCUUACGGGUGAACAAGGUGAUUGAGAUUAACCCUUAUCUGCUUGGCACCAUGUCUGGCUGUGCAGCGGACUGUCAAUACUGGGAGCGUCUGCUGGCCAAGGAAUGCAGGCUGUACUAUCUGCGGAACAGGGAGCGUAUCUCGGUGUCAGCAGCCUCCAAACUGCUCGCCAACAUGAUGUGCCAGUACCGGGGCAUGGGCCUUUCCAUGGGCAGUAUGAUCUGUGGCUGGGACAAGAAGGGUCCCGGACUCUACUAUGUGAAUGAAGAUGGGACUCGGCUCUCAGGAAAUAUGUUCUCCACUGGUAGUGGGAAAACUUAUGCCUACGGGGUCAUGGACAGUGGCUAUCGGCCCAAUCUUAGCCUUGAAGAGGCCUAUGACCUUGGCCGCAGGGCUAUUGCUCAUGCCACCCACAGAGACAGCUAUUCUGGAGGUGUUGUCAAUAUGUACCACAUGAAGGAAGAUGGUUGGGUGAAAGUGGAAAGUACAGAUGUCAGCGACCUGCUGCACCAGUACCAGGAAGCCCAUGAGUAACGGUGAUGGCGGCUGGGCAGGCCUCCUCUGGGGACUCAGGGACCUGGGCCAGCUUAAGCCCCAGGAGAAGGAGAGGCCUAAACUGAGCCGGAAAGAGAGAAAAGGCUCAGUGGCCAGUGGGGGAGGGUGGAGUCCAUCCCUUUAUGUGUUCUCUAUUUUAACCUCCUGGGUGCCCCACUAAUCACAAUAAAGGAAAAACGGUUAUAAA